UCUGCAACUAUCUAUCUGUCUUGUAAUCUCUGAUAUUUGUUCUUUACCCAACUCAGAAAACCCUCCAAAAACCCCUCCAAUCCAAUCUCACGCCACCAUGGGCAGCUCCUUUAACUCCACCACCACACCCAACUUCGAUAAUCUCCACCUCCAGUCCCUUAUGGGCCGCCUCCAAAUCAGACCCCCAACUCUCCACACUCCUCUAACCCCUCCGCCGCCUUUUCUCACUCAUCAAUCCCUCGAAGACCUUCUCUUUUCCGAUACCUUCCUCAACCUCUCCGACUCCGAUUCCGAAAACGAGUCCGACAGGACCCAGCUGGCAAAGGAAGAGUCCAGACUCGAAAAGGAGAUCGUCCGAACUAUUCUCAGUGGGGAAACUGAAAAGUUGAAGCCCAAUUCGGGUCAAGCUGUGACGAUUGGGGAGCAUCACAUUUGUGUCGGGUUUCAUGAGGAGACUGGGACAGAUUAUCGGGUCUGGGAGUGGCACGGGCAUAUCAUGUUGUUUGAUGAGGAGAAUGGGUAUGCCCCGGAGUAUAUUUAUGGGAAUUAUUUUGAGAGAGUGAAUCCGGCGAAGAGGCGUAUGGAGAAAAAGAAGGAAAGGGAUGAUGAUGACGUGAAGGAUGAGGAUGGAAAAGGGAAGGAAAAAGAGGAGGAGAAGGUGGGGAAUAUGGGGUUGAGGGAGCUGAUUGAGUCCUCGGAAAUGGGUACCAGCCGGAUUCUUCAUCGUAACUUGAAUGCUAAUUCUGUAUCUCCAGGUUUUAGUUGAGAAGUUAUUCAACUCAACAAAGAGAUCGUUUUGUUGGACAACGCUGAAAUCAAACACUGGAUAUACAUGUUGCUACGUGAUUGUUGAGAUUGACUUUUAAGUUUAUCUUUGUGGAGCCUUUAAUCAGUUUGAAGGGGCUUCAAAUGAAAUGUUAGAAUUUUUUUUUUUUUUUCAAUUUAUAUUAUUAUCAGUAUGAAAGUUUUUGAUAUACAUGCUGAGUUUAAGAGUGAUGCUUGCAGUUUCUUGUUGCUAAUUUGGUUGUUUCAGUUUUAUAUGGAUGAAUCACUUCUAUUCCUCUUGAAAUUUAAGAUGGGGAUAAUUUCUUAGAAUCAA